AUGAGAUGCAACAGUUGGGACACGAGCUGGGGACAACAUGAACUUGAAAAAGUGGAGCUGCCCAGAUCUCUGUGGCGAAGAGGCUACAGAAAAGGCGCAGUAAAUCUCAGGCAUCCAUACCUACCCCCGGAGCAGCCCUGGGAGGAGGCACCGAGCACCGAGCACAGCGACUGUAUUUACAUCCAACUCACCGCGGCGCCUCGGGACGUCUGCAGCAGGACACGACCGCAGGAGUGUGGAGCAGUGACAGCGGCUUUUAAGGGUCCAGUCCGCCCGCACAGCUCCAGCCGUCACCCGUAUGAGAUCACAUCACAUCAGCCCCGUGCUCGACAGCGUCCAAACUGCGCACUCUCUCUGCGCCAGUGUGAAGCGUGCCCUCGCUGA